AUGAGCAAUUCAAAUAGGGCGAAAGUCCACACGUUGUCGGAACAGGAGGUCGGCGACACGAAACUACGGAUUAAUAAGAUGAAAGUAGCAGAGUUGAAAGAUAUCUGUCGUUCGAUGGAAAUCAAACUAACAGGAAAGAGACAGGAGUUGGUGGAUCGAAUAACAAUGUAUUUCAAUCAAGGUGUAGAGCAUUCGGAUCCUGUGAGAUUAUUGUCGGUCAGAACUAUUGUAUUGAAGAGAUGUAAUGGGUCUAAUCUACCUCCAUAUAAACAAUUAUACAAUGCCAUAAAGAGUGGAGAAUAUAAAGCUGAUGAACAAACAGAAGAUCAAGAAGAUGAGUCAAUACAUAAACAUGACACUCGUGCAUACAGGGGACACUCUCUUUACUUUAAAGAUAAUCCAUUUUAUAGAUUAAGAAGGUUGGUUCAUGGUAGCCCUCAGCUUUGUCCAGCUCUGAAGAAUAAAGCAACUAUUACAUAUUCAUUCAUUUUAAAUGCAGAAGAGAAUAAUUUCUUAAGUCUGAAAGAUGAAAGUUAUAGAUUUUACUUUUUAUGUGGUAUGAGAGCAUCAGAUUCUCCUUCUUCAGGAGAUGUUUUAAUUCAAUAUCCAACUCCUUGUGAACUUCACGUAAAUGGUACUCAAGUAGUCCAACAAUUCAAAGGUAUAAAAGGAAAAGUAGGUACGUCAAAGCCUGCUGAUAUAACAUCAUUACUAAAGAGUGCUCCUACCUCAAAUAAAAUUCAUUUCAUAUACACCCAAACAUCAGAAGACUUCCUAGGUUAUAUCUAUAUCGUUCAACUAGUCCCAGUUGAAUCAAUCCUAGCCCAAAUACUAUCACGUCCACAUAUUCACAAAAGUACCACGUUGCAGAAGAUCCUUUCCCAACAAGAUGAUGAAGAAAUAGAAAUUUCAAACAGUACAAUAUCGUUAAGAGAUCCAGUUUCAUAUACAAGAUUAAAGCAUCCGGUUCAAUCAAUUGCUUGCAAACAUACUCAAUGCUUUGAUGCUGCUAUUUUCUUAGAAGCUCAAUUACAAGUGCCGACAUGGUCAUGCCCAUUCUGUCAAGUAAAAGUUAAUUUUGAUGAUUUAGCUGUAUCCGAUUAUUUUAUGGACAUACUAUCUUCAAUUGAUUCUAAUGUAAACCUGGUUAUUAUUCAAUCUGAUGGAACAUGGCUAGCAGAGCAUGAAGCUGAUGAUUUAAGUGAUGAUAGUGAUGACGAUGUCCGUCAUCCAUUUAGUAGAGGCUCUAGCAAUGUGCCUCAAAUUGAAGCAAUAGAGAUCUUAGAUUCGGACUCCGAACCUGAAGAUGAAGCACAAGUUCCACCUGCUGUCCCCGUGGUAUCUACACCAAGCUCAGUUAUACAAGGGUCGCCAGCGUUGUCCGAUGCUAUAACUCCCGCUAUUAGUCCUUCGGAGAUCGAAAAUGCACGUAACAAUGCAAAUGAUGCGAGUACUUCUGAGAGAGCUUCAAGUUCCGAACUGGCAAAUUUACCUUUGGCAUUUAGGGCUGAAUCAUUUUCAUCUGUUUCUUUAUCUCCUGCAACCCAAUCGCCUAGAUUAUCUCCACCUACACAACCAGCAAGUCGUCUUGUUACAUCAGCUAGUUCUGGAGCUAGACCGGUAAAUUCGAAUAGGUCUGUACAACGUGCUAAUGGUCUCGUAAUACCCAGAAUAGAAACUUCCUCGAGUGAAUCUCCACCUGACAUUUCUAGCCCCGUUGAUAUAUCGCAGAAUCGUCAUCAUGAUUCAACGAAUCGCCGUGAUAAUGAUGAAACAGGACCACUGACAAACAUACCUCCAUCUCACCAACGUCCUAAAAGUCCAGCCCCUCAUCAUGUACAUCGAAAGAGCCCAGUUUCAAACUUAUUUAUUCCGAGUAGAAGACCAUUUGCUCGACCAACGGGUCCAAGAGUUCCUCAAAGAUCAUUGUUUACGGAUGAUUCUCCAAAUUUGGACAGACAGGAACAAAGUUCUCUGGAAAACAGAGUCAAUAAUCUGGUUUCUGAAUCAUUUGAAAGAAGCAAUAGGAUUUCUAAUCAAAGACAAAAUUAUAAUGCUGAUACAUUAGCUAAAGAUACGAGUGGUUCAGUCGAACAACCACAAAUCAGGCGUCCUGUUGUUGUGUCAAGGUUCAGCAGUCCUGCUGAAAGAGUAGUUGAUAGCUAUAUUCCAAGUUCAAACAACGUAAGAUCGAAUCAAGAAACUACUUCAAACACCAUCUCAAAUAAUACACACCAGAGUACAACUACUAUCCAAACAAAUAGUUCAUAUCACACUACAUCUGCUAUUGAAUCAAAUAAUGAGCCUCGUUCUACUGCUAUUCAAGAAAGUGCUACACCAAGGGUUGUCGAAGCUGGCGUUCCAUUGAGCAGAACAAAUGAUGAGUCCUCCAAACAUCCAAUUCAGCAUACUGCUGAGCCACUAGAACGAUUUCAACGUAUAGAUCACAAUACUCCAUACACGCAAACUGCGGAAAUUGGAUUUUCAAAGGAAACAUAUGACAGAGUCCCUGAUAGUUCAAAUUUGAGACACGAUACAAUAUCAAAUCAAAGAUUGCCCGACCGUCUGGAAAGGAACCAGUCGUUUUCUUUGGGCAGUUCAAUUUUGUUUGGUGAUCCUGAUACAUCACCUAACGGUACUGUUGCAAAUGGGCAAACUCCAAAUCUCGGAAGUACUUCGGCUGAUAAAGAGCGUCGGGAUUCUUUGCCUGCCACUCGCCCAGCUUAUGAAAGUAGAACUCCAUCUACUUCUUGGGGUCGUACGAGCUUUGCUGCAGACUCAAAUAAUUCGUCCAAUGUUCCAAAUUUAAUACAUCGUUCAAAUAUUCCACCAAACUCAUUUGUGUCCCCUAGCUCUGAUCCUGUCACUAAAGCUCUUGCUACCAUGCAUGACAAUAUAAAUCAAAGGUUUUUCAACAAUGGUGCUUCUCGUCCAGCUGCACCUCAACCUAGCCCCUACCUGAGGAAUAAUACUAGUUCAGCUUCCACAACUGCUCCAUCAAACGCAUUGGUAUUAUCAACUAGUUUCUCUGAUGAGAAGUUACAGAAUCUUUUUAAACAAUUUGUGGCUCAAGAAAAUCAAUUUAGAGAACAAAUCAGUCAGUUGGACAAGGAUCAAGCUAAAUUUUUGAGAGAGUAUGAUGCUGAAACAAAUCGUUUGGUGAUAGCAUAUGCUGCUCCUAGGACGUAUGGACCAGAAUAUCCAGAAGAUUUCCUCAAAACAUUAGAGCGUCAAGAUCAACAGCGCAAAGAAAAGAUCCUACAUGAAAGAGAAGUGAAACGUGAAGAUUAUAUCAAGAUGCAAGCUGAAGUGAAGAGCACUAUGCUAGCUCAACAAGCUGAGGCAAAAGCAACCAUCGAUGUUGAAAGAGAAAAGGCUAGAAAGGAACUUCAAAGGAGAAAUACAAAGCCAGCAGCAGUUUCUCCUACUUCUAGUAGCACAGCUUCUUCAAUUUCAAACAAAGAGCCAGUGCCAAGACUGACCAGAGAGGUCGAUGCAGUAAUACCUAGCGGUAGUCGCUUAGAAUUAGAUAAAUCUCCUUCUGCAGAACUGGAUGUAAUGGCUGCUUUGAAGAUUCUUAAUUCAUUGAAGGCGAAUGUCCCAUCAGCCCAGGUAUCAUCAUUAUCAAAUGCCCCAGCUCAGAAAAGACAAAAGGUUGGUCCAGAUAGUUCAGAAUUAUUGAAUAAUUUUCAAAAAUCUCAAGGCACUCAUUCGUCUGAGAGUCUGACAUCUCCUAUAAAUGGCAGGAUUAGUGAAAUCUACAUUAAUUCACCUGAUCCCCAAAGAUAUAAUUCAAAGAUACUGAAAUUUGGUGUACCUAAUAGUAGUUUUGGUAUGAGUAGUAAUGCCACCUUUAUUGAUUUAACAUCGGAUUCAGAAGAUUGA